AUGUUUAAUAAAGAGGAAGAAGAAACUACUACCUUCAAUUCACAAGAAAAUAAAGAAGAUAUUCUAGCUAUAACCACCUUUAGGCCCGCGAUAAAUCUCAAUAAAGAGCAAGAAGAAGGAAAGACAGGCAAAUUUAUAAAUGACAAUUCCACAAAUGCCCAACAGUUAAAUUUACCCAACAAUGCUGAGGUAUGGUCUUUGGCAGCCAUGAAAUUCCCUACCCAAAGCCGAAGUUACCUUGGAAACAAGCGCCGGCGCAUAAUCACAGCCCAGGAGUUCAAGGAAAAUCUGCUACAGCCUACACAUUCCUCAUUAACAAUGAGUAGUAAUAGUGAAAAGAAUUUACUAGAUUGGUCACAAAUAAUGAUGGAUAAGGAAUUGUCCACAACAACCAGGAAUGAGGAAAAGGAAAGGGAAAAAGAAAGAGAAGAAAAUCAUUUAGAUACAAAUGAAAGGAUAAAGCAAAGUAUUACAACAACCUCUAAACCUUUUGAAGAAACAACAACUGAGUUAAGACUACAGGUUAGAGAAGAAGAGGUUACCCUGGCACCAGAAACAAUCUCAGUUACUACUUUAGAAACAAUCUUAUCUCUGGCGAAUGAUAAAAACAACAAUGAAACUGAUAAAAGCCCUGAGAUAGAUAAGAAAAUUGAAGAAAAUAUGAAUAAUCAUUUGGAAAUGGUAACGGAAACUCUAGACGUGGCCACAACAUCAAAAACAACAACUAAUAAUAAUGCUGCAUUAGUGGACAACCACCCCUUGAAUGCAACGCUGAACAUUGAACCAAAUUUAAAUGAAAUAAACUUGACUUUAAAACAAAAGCAAAAAGACUUAAAUAAUAAUAAUAAUAAUGAUGAUAAUGAUGAUAGUACGAUAGCAGCUGGAAAUAUAAAAAACUUAGACCUGGAGACGACGACAGCCGAGACGUUGGCGUCAACGACUGAAGCAACAGCUGUUGUUGCUGAUAUCACCACAACAGUUGAGCAAAUUUCCAGUGAGACAACAACAGUUAGUACGCUAGAGACUAGCAAACAAAACGCAUCGUUAAAUAACGACGCCAUUCAACAAAUCCCAGAAACAACAACAACAAAUAAUAAUAAUUAUAAUAACGUAAAUUUAAAUGAAACUAAUUUUUCCACACAAACAACAACAGUGACGGUGUCAACCGCUUUACACGAGGAAUUUGAAAAUAACGAGAAUAUUACAGCUAAAAAUCAAUCGGAAAGCAGAGAAUUUGAAACGACCACCAUAUUAGCAGCUAAAUCAACAGAAACAGAAAAUACUCUAACGUCUUCAAUAGAAACAACUACGUCAUCCUCUAAAGACGUAAACAAUCUAGAGACAACAACCCCUAAACUAGAGGAUGAAACCACAAUUGGGUCAUCAGCACCUGUCGCCACAAACGAAGAAUUAGAGAGAAAGGAAAUUGAAACUGAAACACACAGAAAAAACGUAAUUGCAACGACAACUGCAAAGCAGGAAAGCAACAUAAAGGAAGUUUUAACUUCUCAAGAAAAAGAUGCAAAUAUAGAUACAACAACAAACAGCAGCAACAUGACAACAACAACUAGCACAAUAAUGUCAGUAACAGCGGCCAAAGAUGAAGAGACCUUUAUAAGUUUAUUAGAUGAUACAACAACACAAACUUACUCUCCCACCACAAUCUCAACAACAACAACGACGACAACGUCUCCGACACCAACACCACUAGCAUCUUCAACAACCACAACGACGACGACAACCUCAACAUUGCCUUCGGCUAUAACAACGAAAGUGGAAGAGAUUUACAAUGUGAUACACAGUACCACCACUGAGUUAAUACAAACAACAACACAACAAUUAUUAACGGAAACUGAAGAAGAAGAAUCAUCAACAUCAUCAUCCUCCUCCACCACCACAUAUCCCUCCUCCAGCACCUCGUAUAUCACAGAAAUGAUACCCGAUACCACCACACCCUCUACAAAAAUUAUAGAAACCGCUGAUAUUGGCAAAUCCCUACCCACACUCACUUCCAUUAUGGGUGGCAAUAGUGGUAAUAUGUAUCCCAAAAAUUCGGAAGCUUCCGGUGAAACUGAUGUUAAUGUCAUCAUUGCCAUAACAGUAAGUGUUAUAGGUGUUAUUGCGCUCAUUUUGCUGGUGGGCUUCCUUUAUCUCAUGCGUAAACGUCAAAAGCAAAAUUCCUAUCCCAAUCGUUGUCGUCCGGUUAGCAUGGAUGAAUUUACCAUAGACAACGCCUCGGUGGGUGGUAGUAUGCGUAAGAGUAGUGCUUUACGUUCCUCCAAACGUACUUAUGGCAAUUUAGCAUUCGAUGAUCCCUCGCUGCGUCAUAAUCCCAUGGGUGUACAUGAAUUGGCGAAAUUUGCUCAGGAGAAAUUGCGUAUAUUUGAGGAAUUCCGUGAUGUACCACAAAUAACUUCGAGAUUGGAUGAAGUACCGCCAGGCUGUGAGGAUAAGAAUAGAUAUGCGAAUGUAUUGCCGCUUCCUGAAACGCGUGUCAUAUUGCAGCGUCUUAACGAUGAUGAAAAAACGGAAUAUAUCAACGCCAAUUAUGUCACAGUAAGUUUAAUAAUAUUUUAUAAUUUAAGAAAGAAAGAAAUUACUAAACACCCCCUCAAAAUUUAAACAAAUUAAAUAAAA